AUGGCAAGCUCAAACAACCAGGCCCUCCAGGCCUUGAACCAGGCCGACUUGAAUGCCAGAACGAAUGCGUUUCAGACACCUCUGAAAAUCGUCAGACCAACUACUCAGCGCUACGAAGGAAAAGAAGUGGAAAAGAAGAAGAAGAGGGAAAAGCUUUCUGCUCUUUGCAAGACCCCGCCCAGCGUAGUCCGUACCAGGACUGGACGUGGGUACCAUAGAGGGUUGUUUCUAGGAGAAGGUGGAUUUGCUCGUUGUUUCCAAAUGAAGGAUGAAACCGGCAAGAUUUUUGCUGCCAAAACUGUUGCGAAGGCCUCGAUCAAGACGGAAAAGACCAAGACUAAGUUGCUUUCGGAAAUCAAGAUCCACAAAUCGAUGAACCAUCCUAACAUUGUCCAGUUCAUCGACUGUUUCGAAGACGACAUCAACGUGUAUAUUCUUCUUGAGAUAUGUCCCAACCAGUCGUUGAUGGACCUCUUGAAGGCGAGAAAAAGUAUUACCGAGCCCGAGGCGAGGUUUUUCUCGGUCCAGAUCGCGGGAGCCGUCAAGUACUUGCACUCCAGAAGAAUCAUUCACAGAGAUUUGAAGCUGGGAAAUAUCUUUUUUGAUCCCGACAUGAACCUCAAAAUUGGAGACUUUGGACUGGCUUCUUCCAUGGGUGCUGAUACCAAAAAGAGGUACACCAUCUGCGGUACUCCCAACUAUAUUGCUCCUGAAGUGCUUGGUGGAAAAGAGGUUGGUCACAGUUUCGAGGUGGACAUUUGGGCCAUUGGGAUCAUGAUCUUUGCUCUUUUGUUUGGCAAGCCUCCUUUCCAGAACAAAGAUGUUCAGGUCAUUUAUGAGAGGAUCAAGGCGAACGACCUGAAGUUUCCCUCCUCUCACCAGAUCUCGUACAGCGCUGUGAGGCUGAUUAAAAAAUUGCUUUCGCCUUCACCAAUGGAGAGACCUUCGAUAGCUGAAAUUUUGGAAAGUCCUUGGUUCAGAGAAGGUCUUUUCCCCAGCAGAAUCACCAUGGAAUCUCUCAGGAAGACCCCCAAGUCGCUCGAGUUUCUCACCACCGAAGAGUCCAGAAUCAACUUCAUUAAUGCGAAACAGAGUGUGGGCUUCGACGACAACAAGAGGACGCCCGUGGAAAUCCUCAGGACCGAUCUGGAAAGCGAAAAACCAAAGACGCUGCUUCCACAGUCUCUGUCUCCAGGUAACACCAAGAGCAAGUACCAGGAGAUCUCGCCAAAGGCGAUCAAGCCAUUGAGGAAUAGGCUGGCCCAGGAGCUUAAUGGCACGUUUGAGAAUAAGCUGAACGAGAUGAUGAACGAGGAUAUCUACACCGUGUUGCAUAAUAUGCAGAAGGUGGAAGCGUCGUUCGAGACUACCACCACUCUGCGUGAGCCAGUGAUGGUGAACAAAUGGGUGGACUACUCCAACAGAUACGGGUUCUCGUACCAGCUCUCAACAAAUGCCAUGGGCCUUCUUUUCACGGACACAGGUCACACGGUCGUGAAGUUCCUUCCCACCGACGACAUCAUGUAUAUCGAGGCAGAUGAGAGGAAGGGUUGGACCAUGCAGCAGUACAGCUCUGGCAUGAUUCCCCCGGAAUUGGAUCAGCACAUGGAGGUAUUCGAAUUCUUCAGCAACUACAUGAUUCUCCAUCUUUCUGAUGUGUCAGAGUUCAGAAGAUUCACGAGGUCGAGAGAUAUCUUCCUGAGGCGAUUCACCAGGGAAGACCAUUACAUCAUGUUCGAGCUGAGCAACGGCACGUUCCAGUUCAACUUCACGGAUCACCACAAGAUCGUGAUAUCGCAGGGAGGGCUAUGUUUGUUCCAUAUUACACCCGAAAAGGUUGUUGAGCUCUGUUCUUUAGGCGAGGUCCUGGCCAACGGGGACUUUCUCGAGACCGGUGAUUCGUACUUUGACAUCAAGUACGAGAUGAUCAAGUCUGCGCUGAAGCAGAAGAUAAUACCCUGA